CCCUGGAGAGAAUAUAACCUGGUACUCACAGAGGUGCCACUAGCACACAUUCCAGCUGCUCUGGGGAUACUUAGGAACUAGCAGCACCCAUCCACCCAUCACUGCUGUUGCUGUGCUUUCAGUCUCCAGUAUCCUCUGCCUCUACGGUUUUCUGGCUUCCUUUGCAAUCAGCCUUUUCAACAAGGAGCUCAUAGCGAUGGGACCUGCUAUCUUUAAGAAGCAAGAGCCACAAAUAGAGGAGGAAGUCGCAAGCUCAUGUAUCUUACAACAGUCCCGCCGUACAAGCAGUUUGAGAACAAUUGCUAAUAUACUUGAUAAUGGAGGAGUGUGUGGGAUUCCCACUGACACUGUCUAUGCUCUGGCAGCUUCCUGCAAGCAUCCAGAAGCUAUCAACAGGAUUUACUCCAUCAAAGAACGCCCAUCAGAAAAGCCUAUCUGUAUCUGCAUUUCCAACCUUGAUCAGCUGAGGGUCAUCAGUCCCCCAUUCAGCCCCUUGCUGUGGAGGUUCAUGGAUCUUGUAUACCCUGGAGGCAUAAGCUGCAUAGUACAGAAAGGAGAAUGGCUAAAAAAACUAGGUGUGGGACCUGCUUACGAACGGGUCGGAACUAAUGACUCCAUCAUGAUACGCGUCCCAGAUCACACAGUCACUGCUCAUCUCACAGACAUGACUGGGCCUUUAGCUAUCACAUCUGCAAAUCCAAGUGGAGAAAGUGAUAGCACCCAUCAUGAUAUGGUGAUAACGCGACUGAGUGACAAGCUGGAUGCAGUUCUGUGUGAUGGAUUCUCCAAUGAGCUUGUGGGUUCUACAGUUGUAAAUUGCACUAAAAUAGAUGAAGGCACCAUAAAAAUCCUACGGGAAGGCUGCGUGCCAACCACAAAGAUCAUGCAACUGUUUGAGCGAGCCAAGAACACACAAGGGGAUUUGUAGGUCCCACAGUAAUAGAAGUUUAUAACCUAAUAAUAUGUGUUAGAGCCCUGCUGGCAGGGUUUAGGAAACUUUAACUGUUGGACUUGAAUGGUCAUUUAUUUAACUCUUUUAUUAUAUUCAUAUGUAUUUAUCAUUUUGCUCUAUUACAUAAAUUGUUUGGUUUUAUAGUAGAACAUUACCCAUGUUUACAGAAUGCUAAAUGUUCUUAAAUGAUGACGGUGAUUUAUUUUAAAAUGAUCUUUUAUACAAAAAAAAUAUACAAAUGGAUAAUUUAAUUGUGGAAGCAACACUUUUUCUAUUGUGUAAAACUGGAAAAACACUAAUAGUCCUAUUACAGUUAUCUGUAUAAUUAUAUUUUAAUAAGGGAAAUGUUAUUGGCCAGUACAUUAGGACAGUUAGAAUUACUGACAUGUACUGUACAGAAUGACAAGUUUUAUAUUCUAUUUACUACAAUUUUUAUCUGUCUAACCCAUAACAUGCCAUACCAUAUAUAAUCUAUGGUGCUACAAUGAAAGUACUGUUGCCCCAGCGCUAUAGAUUCUACAUUUUUAGAUUUCUCUUUAGUCGAUGCUGCACCAUAUGUUGACUGGCAAAACAGCCAUCUUGUAACUCGAAACAUGAAGAAGAAACCUGUUACUUAGUACAGCAUAUUGACUGUGUUUUGGACUUUUUCAACUACAUCUUCUGGGUUGGGAAUAUGAACCAGCUCUAUUUUGCCACCUUACAUGAAAGCUGACAGCUGAAGCUUUUUACCCUUUUGUUUAAUUUUCAUAUAUCCGCUCCUUUAUAAUGAUCAGUAAUUUCCCUCUGCUGUUAAGACUGAUGGAAAGGGAGUCUAGAUUACCUAUAGCAGUAUGUGUCAUGUAGGCUAACAAUUCACACUGUUUUCCAACAAAACGUUAGUGCUCAUGGAGUGGUAAGUCAGAGGGACUUCUACCAAAGAUGUAAGUGGUCAUUUACUUUGACACUGGAUGCAAGUACUAGAGAGCUAAGGGGCACAAAACUGCACCCCUUAGUGUUAUUUUGCUGCUAGCAGAGAAUCCACUGAGUGUGGCAUUAGCCUAGGGUCUUCCUUAAGUGCACUGCACUGAAAUAAGUAGGGUUAUAGGUCAUAUUGUUACAGGAGGGGACCGGUGUGAUGUCUUUACUUCUUAGCUGCUGCUGCCAUUGACAGGAACAAUGCCUAGUGCUGAGUUCAUUUACCUCAAAACAAACUCUGAAUGACAAUUCUAAUUUGUUUCACGUAACUUGAUUGGUUUCUGCUUGUUAAUUGUAUAUUAUCACAAUUACAAUGUAAUUAAUAUGUGCCAAAUAAAGUUUUGCUGAAAAAAAUGUGCCAAUUUAA